AUGUUUAGAAACUUAUUCCAAGAAACGAACGAAAAGAGUCGAAGCUAUGUGUGGCGAUACGGUCUCGCCGUUAGGAAACUCGAAGCCGUGCACGAGAUAGCAAUCUAUGAGAAUUCGCCGAUUAGAGCGCUAAAUCAGCUGUUUGACAUUCGCGUCACAAUAACCGGCGCAGUGAGGCGGCGCGCCACUCGCUGCGCCCCGCGGCUCCGCGCACCCUCGUGCUCGCCCGCGAGCCGCCAUUUUUAUCGAUCUGGCGGACCCACCGCGCCCGCCGCCGGCCCGGCGCUGCCCCGCGACGUGCCGCCCGCCCGGCCAGGGGCGCGGGGGGCGGCUCGGGGCGGGGGGCACAGCCGGCGGCGCAGGCGCGCGGCUGGCCGCCACAGUCUCGCGCCUGCCGCCGACCAGCGCGCACGUACGCGCGCCUUAGCUCGCACAAUCAGC